AUGAUUAAGACUGAAGCUUAUCAAGAUUUGGGUGUAAUAAACCCACUUGAAUCUUUAGUUGAACGUACAAAUAAGUUCCUUUAUGGUUUAUGGUAUAAUAAACAUAUUACACAAAAAGAAUAUGAGAAAUUAAAGGUUAAUCAAGAAGAGGCUGAAUUAGCCCACCUUUAUUUCUUACCGAAAGCACAUAAACCAGGAACACCAUUAAGACCUAUAAUGUCUGGUCUCAAAUCUCCAACCAUUGCCAUAUCGAAAUGGUUAGAUAGUUUAUUAAGACCUCUUUUCGAUCGAUUAGCAUCUGAAACAGCUGUAUUGAAUGGGGUUCAAUUAAUAAAACAAGUUGAGAGAUGGUCGGAUAAAUAUCUUACACCAGCCACAUCAUUCAUAACAAUGGAUGUUACUGAUUUGUAUACAAUGAUUCCUCAAGAAGGAGGAGUAACAGCCAUAAAAAGAUUAAUUGAAACAUCUGGUUUAAAACAAAUCGAUGGUGUUAAAAAAGAGAUUAUAUUAGCUCUUACCAGAUUUGUUAUAACAAAUAAUUAUUUCUAUCUUGAUGGGUCAUAUUAUAAACAAAUAAAAGGAGGCGCAAUGGGCUCGCCACUCACCCUCACUAUAGCAAAUACAUACAUGUACUUUGUUGAACGUCCAAUAUUCAAAUGGGCUCAAAGAACAUGUUCAUUAUAUUAUAGAUAUAUAGAUGAUUUAUUUAUCAUGUCAAAUGUACAUGCAGAUAUAUUAAAAGGAAUGCAAGAUUUUCCGACCAGAUUUCAUCAACUCUGGAAUGAUUGUUUUUCAGAUACAGCCAUUUGUCAUAUGAAACCAAUUCUCGGUUCUAGAAGAUUAGAUAAUCUUCAAGAUUAUCUUGUUAGAAAGAAACCAGACAAAUCUCUACUAAAAAUUAAUCAACCACUUACUUAA